AGUCGAGGUGACCGCAGAUGUCGGCUUCGUCAUUCCCCAUGACGUUCCCGGCACUGAUUCCACAAUGGGCAAUAAGCGGGGCUUGAGCUCCCUCGGCCAAUCGCAGAGACAGCGCCGUGCCACCCUUCCCUCCUGCAGUGGGGGAUUGCGACAAAACCGAUAGCUCCGUUCCGCCUUCAGAACGCCGAACUUUUCAUCCCGACAUCGCAACAAUCGCAACCACAGCCCUUUACUUGAUCAUGGCGACCAUUGCGCCAUCAAUUCUUAGACAGGCAUCGCGUCUGGCAUCAAAGUCAUCCAUAUCUGGUGCACAGCGACGAGGCGUUAUAGUUCUAUCGCGCACGGCCGCCGCUCCGGCGCGCAGCGCUGGCAGGAGGUGCUAUGUAACACAGACAAAGUCGGACAAUGCCCAAGUCCAGGCGGACACGGCUAUCCGGCUGGACCGGACAGAGCUCGAGAAGUCAGGCCUUACAUUAGACACCCAGACUGGGUCAACAACACAUGUCAGCCCGAUGGCUGAUGUGCUCAAGCAAGCAACGAGGAUGGACGAGGGCCAGCGGCCCAUCUAUCUCGACAUGCAGGCCACAACUCCGCUAGAUCCGCGGGUGCUGGACGCAAUGUUGCCAUUUUACACUGGCGUUUUCGGUAACCCACACUCCAGGACACAUGCGUAUGGGUGGGAGAGCGAGCGCGCAGUCGAGCAAGCUCGAGAGCACAUUGCCACCUUGAUCGGUGCGGAUCCCAAGGAAAUCAUCUUCACCAGCGGCGCCACCGAGAGCAAUAAUAUGAGCAUCAAGGGGGUGGCCCGGUUCUUCGGCCGGUCGGGUAAGAAGAAGCAUAUCAUAACCAGCCAGACGGAGCACAAGUGCGUGCUCGACAGCUGCAGGCAUCUGCAGGACGAUGGCUACGAGGUCACUUAUCUCCCCGUCAACAGCAAGGGGUUAAUUGACCUGGACCAGUUGAGGGAGGCAAUCCGGCCAGAAACAGCUCUCGUGAGCAUCAUGACGGUGAACAACGAGAUUGGCGUUAUCCAGCCGGUGGCCGAGAUCGGUAAGAUCUGCCGAGAGCACAAGGUCUUCUUCCACACCGAUGGCGCCCAAGCCGUGGGCAAAAUCCCUCUUGAUGUCAACGCCAUGAACGUGGACUUGAUGUCCAUCUCAUCCCACAAGAUCUACGGCCCCAAGGGGAUAGGUGCAUGCUAUGUCCGCCGGCGGCCAAGAGUCAGGCUGGAGCCCAUCAUCAGUGGGGGCGGACAGGAACGCGGUUUGCGCAGCGGCACGCUGGCUCCUGCCCUUGUUGUUGGGUUUGGUGAGGCGUGCCGCAUUGCGAAGGAAGAGCUCGAGUAUGAUUCCAAGAGGGUCAAGGCCCUCUCAGAUCGGUUACUCAACGGUCUGCUGUCGAUGGAACACACGAACCAGAACGGCGACCCUGAGCACUUCUAUCCCGGGUGUGUAAACGUGUCUUUUGCCUACGUCGAGGGUGAGUCACUCCUCAUGGCGCUCAAGGACGUUGCUCUGUCGUCGGGCAGCGCAUGCACUUCUGCGUCGCUCGAGCCCAGCUACGUGUUACGGGCACUCGGCAACAGCGAUGAGAAUGCCCACUCCAGCAUCCGGUUCGGCAUUGGUCGGUUUACGACUGAGGCCGAGAUUGACUAUGUCCUGAAGGCGGUCAGGGAGCGCGUCGGCUUCCUCCGCGAGCUCAGCCCCCUCUGGGAGCUUGUUCAAGAGGGUGUUGAUCUCAACACCAUCGAGUGGACUCAGCACUAGUCUGGGGGUUCGGAAUGACUUUAUGUAAGGGGCGAUCGGUUGGUACAUUGGGGAUUUUCAGCAAAACUUCGCAGAGGUGUGCGCAUGCUUCAUCGGGUUCAGCAACAGGCGGGCUAUGUAUUAUAUGAUGUAUUGGUUGGUUGAUAUGAGAAUGAUACCAUGAGCUCCGGCACCCGUCUGCUGGCGAUUGCCUCUGAAUGACCAUUCCGCCAUCUAUUCCUCCAUCCAUUCUAUGUACGUAAGCGCGCCGCGCAUGCUCUCUAUGACAUGCAUUUUUCAAGACCCGGCCAUAGCUAAUUUCGGAUGGGGUUGAUAUAUGGCUGGUGGUCCUAUCUACGCAAUUCCUACGAAAUGGUAGGAUUGCUUAAAUGAAAC